GGGUCCCAAGGAAUCCUACGGGGCCGCGUCCGCUCUCCGCAGGAAAGUCGUCUGGCCGGAGUUUUGUCUCUAUGCCCUCGGCGUGGACUCUGAUGAACAUUCACUUCUCCAAUCAACUGACGAAACGGGUGCCGACAGCCAAUCGAAUGCAUGUAGGACGCGGGUCAGGCCUUUGCGGGCUACCGCCCACUAACCAGAAUAAGCAAGCUGAUUGGUAGCAUCGAGUACUAGCCGUUGCCCAAUCACGGAGAGUAGUCUGGAGCCAGUCCAAUGAGAACCCCCGGGGGGCGGGGCGGGUCGCCACGGGCCGGGACUGGGCUGGCGGAGGGCGCAAAGGUUCCGGGCUGUCUGGGGCUCCGUCGGCCGAGCGGUGAUGAGCGGGACGUUGCGCCGCGCGGCGGCGGCUCUGCUCCGCUGGGGCCGCGGAACGGGCGGCAUCGGCCUGCAGGGUGCGGGCGUGCGGGCGGCGGGCUCGGGCUCGGGCUCGGGCUCGGGCGGCGGCCAGGCGGAGCAGCUGGACGCGCUGGUAAAGAAGGACAAGGUGGUGGUCUUCCUCAAGGGGACGCCUGAACAGCCCCAGUGCGGCUUCAGCAACGCCGUGGUGCAGAUCCUGCGGCUGCACGGCGUCCGCGACUACGCGGCCUACAACGUCCUGGAAGACCCCGACCUCCGGCAAGGCAUCAAAGACUACUCCAACUGGCCCACCAUCCCGCAGGUGUACCUCAACGGCGAGUUUGUGGGGGGCUGUGACAUCCUUCUGCAGAUGCACCAGAAUGGGGACCUGGUGGAAGAACUGAAAAAGCUGGGGAUCCGCUCUGCCCUUUUAGAUGAAAAGAAAGACCAAGACUCGAAGUGACAGCUGGCCGGGCCUUGGGCGCAGAGACUUGCUGCCGGAAAAGCCUUAUCCCGCUGUCCCCUGCUGCAGUGGCUGCUGGCGCUGGUCCUCCUGGCUCAGAAGCGCGGUGCUUUCAGUGUGUCUGGUUUUUGGGCUAAGAGUACCCUGUUGUGAACUUCAUGACAACCACUGCACUGUAAUAAUUCAUGUUGUAUUACGAUAUUGCCGUAACAGAAUUUGUUCUUACAUCGUCUUUUAUUCUUUGCCUGACUCGGGAGCUGUUUGUGACUUGCAGACGUGUCCAUCUGCAAAGAUACUAUCCUCUCUGUCUUUUGGUAACUUCUGUUAAGGAAAAUGAAGGAGAGAGAAGAAAACACGAUUGUUGGGUGUUGUUUUUUUUAAAUAAACUGCCAUUUCCGAUA